AAAACACUUAUGCCGAUGUCUAGACUAUUUUUAGUACACCUCUGCUUGAAAACGAUUAUUUGUCCCUCAAAGAUUGCAAUCUAUUGAUAAAAUUUACGAUAUAAAGUGAUAAGUUACUAAGCAAAUUAAAUGUAAAAAAUCAUGCAAUUUCAACGAACAGCUGACAGAUAAAAAUAUAAAAGUUUAUCAAAGUAACGACGGAAUCAAGGAAUAUGGGGUAGAAAUGGACAAAAUUUUAUUCGAAUAAUAUUAGGCUGUCUGGAAAGUCCAUGCCGAUUUUUAGUAGGCGAUACAGGUCUGAAUAUAUCGGAAUGGCUGAAAACAAAUAAAAUGUGUACAUAUGUGGUGGAAAGGUGGAAAGGUUAUGGAACAAAAUGGUACAUAUAUAAUUCAAUAAAUAUACAUCAAAAUUCAAAUAUGCCUCUGAAUUUUUCUUAAAAAUAGGCAUGAACUUUCCGAACAACCGAAUAGAAACAUUUUCUUUCGUACGCCCCUUUCGCAUGAUGGAUUCCCUAAGAGACAACGAUGAUCGUGCGAAAUAUGCCUCUCAGCCCCUCGUUUAAUUCGUGAACGCUGUCCUAUAUGAAAAAAUAGGCGCGUGAAUGUAUUUCAAUGCACGUGGGUCAAGCCGGCGUUCAAAUGGGCAACGCGUGCUGGGAACUGUAUUGUCUCGAGCAUGGAAUUCAACCAGAUGGAACGAUGCCUUCCGACAAGGUGUCAGGAACGAACGAUUGCUUCAAUACAUUUUUCAAUGAAACUAGUUCAGGCAAAAUGGUACCACGAGCUGUUAUGGUGGACCUCGAACCUACCGUCGUUGACGAAGUGCGAAUAGGACUGUACAAACAGCUCUAUCAUCCCGAGCAACUAAUUACCGGAAAAGAGGACGCCGCAAACAAUUAUGCCCGCGGACACUAUUCCAUCGGUAGAGAAGUAAUCGACUCUGUGAUGGACAGAGUACGAAGACUGACCGAUCAGUGUACAGGCCUUCAAGGAUUUUUUGUCUUCCAUUCGUUCGGAGGAGGCACCGGCUCGGGAUUCACUUCCUUGCUUAUGCAAAAAUUAUCCGACGAUUACGGAAAGAAAAGCAAAUUAGAAUUUGCCGUCUAUCCCGCACCACAAGUAUCCACUGCAGUCGUGGAACCAUAUAACGCAAUACUGACAACUCAUACCACAAUCGGACACUCGGAUUGCGCGUUCAUGGUCGACAACGAAGCGAUUUAUGAUAUCUGUCGGCGAAAACUCGGCAUCGAGCGUCCCUCAUACGCGAAUCUUAAUCGCCUUAUCAGUCAAGUGGUGUCCUCGAUUACCGCCUCAUUGAGAUUCGACGGCGCUUUAAACGUGGACUUGACCGAAUUUCAAACGAACCUGGUACCAUACCCUAGAAUCCAUUUCCCGUUAGCGACCUACGCCCCAGUGGUAUCGGCCGAUAAGGCUUUCCACGAGGGUAUGUCCGUCGCAGAGAUAACGUCCGAAUGUUUCGAAGCAUCUAAUCAAAUGGUAAAGUGCGAUCCGCGGGAAGGGAAAUACAUGGCCUGUUGCCUGUUGUAUCGUGGCGACGUUGUACCCAAAGAUGUGAACGCGGCGAUUGCCGCGAUGAAGGGCAAGAGUUGCAUACGUUUCGUCGACUGGUGUCCAACGGGUUUCAAAGUCGGUAUCAAUUAUCAGCCGCCUACCGUUGUUCCCGGUGGGGAUCUCGCAAAGGUACAAAGAGCGGUCUCGAUGCUGUCGAACACCACGGCCAUCGAAGAAGCAUGGGCAAAACUGAAUUACAAGUUUGAUCUAAUGUAUCAUAAACGGGCGUUUGUUCAUUGGUACGUUGGCGAAGGGAUGGAGGAAGGUGAGUUUGCGGAAGCACGCGACGAUCUCGCCGCCCUCGAGAGGGAUUACGAAGAAGUUGCUCUUGAAUCGUCGACUACACCCGAUGCUUCGCUAGAAUAUUAAAAAUAAGCCCAUACCGUUCCCUCAAAUGUAUCGGCACUUCCAGCUACCCGUAAAAGAGAAAACUAAAUCGACAUGAUCAAUUGUACCGUAUAAAGGACCUUUUCUUUUUAUACCUCGCUUAUGUUUUGUAAUUUGUUUAUUUUUGUAAUAAAAUUAAUUCUCUUUGAUGAAA